AUGACAUAUAAAUAUGGGAAAAAUGGAAUACACACUAUGUUAGUGAUAGAUUUCUUGUACAAAAUGCGAUCUUACUUGAACAAAUAUGUCGAAGAUUUUUAUCCUUCAGAUAUUGAUGAAAAGCCACCAAGUUGCAUUCAGCAAUUGAAGGAGAAUUUCUGGUGGACAAUAAACAAGCAACACGAAUAUUCUAGUAUAAGUAAGAGUACAAAAGAUGAAGUGAUUCAAAUGUUUGACGAAAUGAAGCGCAAAUUGACUGAAUUAUUGUCUCAAGGAUCGUGGAGCAGUGAAGAUAACAAACAGAAAGCUAUUUCAACGGUUUCCAAUAUGAAAGUAUCAAUAAUGGAUUCAGAAUCCUUGAGUGAAGAAUACAAAGGCCGCGAUAAAAUACUCGAAAAUAAACUUUCUGCAGACAACUAUUUUAUAAAUGCAUACUACUCGAUGAAAGCUAAAUUUCAAACAUCAUUGAAGGCCUCUUCGCACAGAUACGAAUUGUGA